AAAACCUUAGUCUGUAGAUUUCUGCUCAGACUUCUUUCUGAAUACUAACUGAAGGAAUUGCAUGUGCAGUAGAUGGAUAUUUACUGCUAAAGUGAAACACAGAGAGCCUGAAAUAAGGCUGCUAGAGGUAAAAGAAUGUGUCUCAAAAGUCAUAUAUUGAUCUUAUAUUGCAUUGCAAGUGAAGUUUGGAUGGCAGAGCAGUUUGGCUCUAGAAGAAAUUUCUCCGGAGGACUUUACCCUGUUGAAGAUGAUGGUUCUGCAAAGUGGAACAGGCUAAAAAGGAGUCUGUAUCAGGGGAGAUCCUGCAGGGUAAGAGGCUGUUGCACAGGAAGAGACGAUGACUGCACCUUUAAUAUUGUCUCCAGAGCAGCUAUAUGUUACUGUGACCAGUUCUGUGCCUCAGGUUCUCCUGGCCCUGUAGACUGUUGUGCUGACUACUGGGAUGUCUGUGACCACCAUGUUGAGCCCACCAGGCCAAAUGAACCUUGGCCACCUCUGACAUCAGGUUGUUAUAGAGCUGGCCGAUAUUAUGGAGAAGGAGCAAUAAUUAAAGACAACUGCAAUUCCUGCAAAUGCUUGCAAAGUCUCUGGAAGUGUUCAAAAGAAAUAUGUCUUGUUCGCCAAGACUUAAUUCAGCACAUCAAUUCUGGAGAUUAUGGAUGGAUAGCUGCCAACUACACUCAGUUCUGGGGAAUGACAGUGGAAGAAGGUUUCAAAAAGCGCCUGGGCACCUUCCCUCCAUCUCAUUCCUUGCUGAAUAUGAAAGAACCUCCAGGAAAUUCACUUCCAGAAGAAUACUUUCCUGCAUUUUUUGCAGCCACUUAUGCAUGGCCUGAGUGGAUUCAUGAUCCUCUGGAUCAACGAAACUGUGGUGCAUCCUGGGCUUUUUCAACCGCAAGUGUUGCGGCAGAUAGGAUAACAAUUCAUUCUGGUGGUCAGAUGACAGACAACCUUUCUGUUCAGAAUUUGAUCUCUUGUGAUACCAGGAAUCAUGGAUGUAAUGGUGGAAGUAUUGAUGGUGCUUGGAGAUAUCUGAAAACGCAUGGGGUUGUGUCCUAUGCUUGUUAUCCAUCAUUUUGGAAGAGCCACCUGGAGCCAUCAGGUGAAAGUCACUGUUAUGUGUCAAGCGAAUAUGGGAAAAACCAUACAAAUGGACCAUGUCCAAAUGCUUUGGUGGAAUCCAAUCGGUUAUACCGGUGUGCCGCCCACUACAGGGUCUCCUCAAAAGAAACUGAUAUAAUGAAAGAAAUCAUGGACAAAGGACCAGUGCAAGCUAUAAUGAAAGUGUAUGAAGAUUUUUUCCUUUACAAAGGGGGAAUCUAUAGACACUCCCAAAAAGCAGGAUCUAGAUGGAAAACUCAUUCAGUCAAACUCCUUGGGUGGGGAGCAUUAACUGACAAAAAUGGACAGAAACAGAAGUUCUGGAUUGCUGCAAAUUCCUGGGGAAAAACUUGGGGAGAAAAUGGUUAUUUUAGGAUUCUACGUGGGCGAAAUGAGUGUGAUAUUGAGAAGCUGAUUUUAGCUACUUUGGGAUAGCCCAUAGUCUUCCACCCUAGCUGUAUUGUACCAUACUCUGCUUUAUGUAUCCAUUAUUUCCAUUGUUGCAUAUUGAGUCUUUCUAGAGAAAUAAAAACGUCUUCUCUGUAAGUUA